CAAUGCAUUAGUUUUAAAGCAAUAAUUCCUCAGAGGUAGAUAAGGCUCCCUAGAAUUCAGCAUAUUUCCUUCUUAAUUUUAAAAUUAAACUGAUAAAACCUUUUUAGUAACACUUAAGAAUGUUUUCAUUAGUGAACAGUAUUAGAAUAACGGAUCAGCUAACAUGAAUUAAAAAUGCAAAAAGUUACAGUACAGUAUUUAUUAAGCUAAAAAAAAAAAAGUAAUGUAUUGUUUGCUAGUUCGAUGUGCAUAAACGUUUACAAAUAUAACCUUUCAUUGAGCGUAAGUAAUAAAAUAAAAGACAUUAUUAAUAAGCCCGUUAUCAGGUCUUUCCAACAGCAAAAAUGACUGUAAAUCAAGACAGUGCACUAACACAAUGAAUGGAAGAAAAGCGCAACACGCAAAAUGGCAGAAUAUGUCCGUCUUCUAAAUAAAAAGGCCAAUCAUCGCUUUACGCAGCUAGAGGCUCCAUUUGCCCGAGAGACGCACUUUGGCUGAGCUGCCCUGAAGCUUAACACCCUUCAGCAUAAGACACCACAUCUUUAAGACAAAGGAUGUAGGAUUUUGGUACAGAUUUAAAAUACGUUACUAAAAUUUGAGUGUUGGCAAGCUUUUUAUAAAUUUUAAACGAUCUGUAACAUCCCCACCUCAAAUAAAUUGCUGCCAUCACUCCCUGACAGGAUUUCCACAUUCAUUGCAAUUAAGGCCUUCCAGUGAAAUAACUUACCUUGAAAGAGAAUUUGCAAUAAACGCAGUCUACAGAAUAACGAGUAUUUUCUUUAUCAUAAAAUUUAAAAGAUAGCUCAGCCAGAGAGCAUUUUAACGUUUUGUACUCCCUUCCCCACCUCAAAUUAGUUGGCGCCACAAACGCAUUCAGGCUGUAGAGUAUGUACUCUUUUAGCGCUCGUUAAGUAAGUACUUAUUGAAGAAAGUAUGUGGUUUCGGCCGCAGCCCGACAACAUCUCGUUUUGACAUCUCGCGUGGUUCUGUGUGAUUUGGACAACUUCCAGUUACGCCCCUCUCUUGCAGUCCGCAGACAGACCCUUCUCCCUCCUCACGCAGACUCGGGCUCAGUUUGAACGGGCUCACUAAAAAUUAUUUUGUUUGUAAAAAGUAUUUUGCAGAUAUCUCCCCCAAAACGGGAAAAGGUUAAAUCAGCUCAAGUUGGAGACGGCUGACAGGAGGAGCCUGUUUCUUCCCCGAAUACACCUGAUUACUCGGUUUACUCAAGAGGAGUCGAGCCGAGUGUGAAGAGGAAGAAGUGUUUGUUGGAGUCUCUGCCACAGCAUCUUCUAAAGCCUCCAUCAAACUGAUCAUCUGAAGACAGAGAACCAGCCAUCAGGAUCUGAAACAGCCCUUAUAUUCAUAUAAACACAGACCUGAAGUCCCUCUCAGUGGACAGGAAUGCCGAGUACUGGAUCUAAUUCAUUAUUUAAUGUGAAGUUGUGAAGAAAAGAAAUCGAUUCAUGAAAUCUGAGGAAGAAACAUUUUUAUUUACUUUCAAAUUGACUGAAUAAUCCUCGCUUGCACUUUAUUUGGACAUGUUGUUGUUAAGGACCUUUAUAUCCACUGUUGCUAUCACCAUUGCUGCUAAUUUGGGACUAUGUUUCUGUGGAUGUGCCCGUGCUGAAUAUGAGAUCGAUGGAGAAUGUUGCCCCAUGUGUGCCCCCGGAAACCAUGUUAAUUGGCAUUGUACUCUGGAUUCCAAUACAACAUGUGCUCCUUGUCCUACAUCAACUUACAUAGAUGAACCCAACGGACUUAUGACAUGUUUUCGCUGCACUGUGUGUGAUCCAGUCUAUCGACUAAAAGUGCGCAAGGACUGCACGCACUCUGCAGAUACUACUUGUGAGCCACAGGAAGGAUUCCAUUGUAUUAAACUAAAUAAAGACUCUUGUGCAUUAGCAGUGGAGCACUCCGCAUGUAACCCUGGACAAUAUAUUAAACAAACAGGAAGAGCAUUUAGUGAUACCGUAUGUGCUGACUGCACUGAUGGAACUUAUUCAGAUGGCUCUCUAAUGGCCUGCCUGCCACAUUCAAAAUGUGAGACUAUGGGACUUACAGAAAUAAAAGCAGGAACAACAUCCUCUGAUGCUGAAUGUGAGAAAGUGACUUCAGUUGGUCUCAUAGCUGGAGUCACAGCUGCAGUUCUUAUAGCUGUAAUUGUGGCAUCAUUAUCAUGCUUUAUAUACAGAAAACGUAAAGCAUGGGGCCCUAACGAACGAGUCUGGCACAUACCACAACAAGCAACUGACGAUCCAUAAUCAAAGUGGCACGGUUUGGACCGACAGUAUUAACAGAUGCCAUCUUUAUUUUGUAGCUCAACCGUCACGGAAUGGAACGCACAGGAUUGUGGGAUAUCAAAGGCAGCGAAGGAUACAUCUAUGCUGCCUUCAAAAUUCAAUCAGAAGAAGGUACCUCAGGAGACAAGAAGUGAAGCAGAAUUUGGAUUCGGACGUGCCUUGAUGCCUUCCUGCCUUGGAAUGCUUUCGGACGCAGCCGAUGUUUCCCCAUUCAAAGAGAUCGGAGCUGUGCUUGCAUGCCCGAGCCUUUCAAAGAUGGCCGCCGACUGACAUGACUUGUCUUAAAGAGACUUUGGGUGUAACUUACCGAAGCUAAAGGUAAAAACAUCCAAAAUGCAAUAUUACUUAUGUAAAGCAUAACUUACCAAAUUUUUAAACAUUAAAAUUAUGAAUGUCUGUAAAGUUGCUUUGAAACUAUGUAUGCUGUUUAUAAAUCAAAUUGACUUGAUCUCACAUUAUUGGGGUUGUCUUCAAAACACACACACACACACACACAGGUAUGAUAAAUGUGAUAGUAAUAUUGGGGUUGGGUGAAGUGUGAGUGACAAUUAUUAUUAUAUAAUAUUAUUGUCAUUGUUAAUAUCGUAGGCACUGUGCUCAUCCACCCUCACACCCGGAAGAAAACACACUAGCGAUCCAGCCGAGUCCUUGUCUGUCCAAGCUGGAAUGUGCCCAGACACUAUUUACAAUUUAUGAGACUGAAAUUUCAUUACCAAUUAUAAAUAUGCCUACUAUGUAGUAGCACAUAGCAAACAGAAACAAAUAAAUACAUAAAGUUAUUUAAAAAAAAAAAAAAAAGAAUAAACUAAUAGCUAUACAAAUAUAAAUAGUUAUCACGACAGGGUCAUCCCUGUUAUUUCUGCCUUUUGGCCAUCAUAAAAUAUAGAAAAUCAAACUGUUUUUAAAAAAGAUUUUUGUGUAGUCAUGAGAGGGUCACUGCAAAUUUAAUACUUAAAUAUUUUUCAAAAUUGAAAUAUACUGUAUAUAAGUGUUGUAUUAUCAUGAAUUAUGGUGGUUCAAAAUGCUCAGAAAUGUCUCAAAUUAUUAUUAUUCUUUUUUUUAAAAAUCAACUUCGAUGUGUUUUGUUGGGGACACAAAAGGCACCGAAUCCCAAGAAUGACCUGACCAUGAAAUGUUACCUUGAGGGUAAUUUCCAAAUUAGUCAAAUGGUAGGCCUAUAUUGUACCAAACUACUUGGUUGUUGAAUAUAUUUAAUAUUGUCUAGCUGCAUUUAACAUUUUUGCAAACUGCGAGUACAAUAAUUACAACUUUUCAAAUUUUGUGUUUAUGCUUUUGGAAAUGGAUCUUUUCUGUCUAAUCAGGCCUAUUUUUUUUCAUUUUAUUCUCAUUUUGACCACAAAGUAUGUGCUUUCUGCAAAUGUAGGCUAAUUGUGCAAGUGUAAUUGAUUAGUUUGUUUUUUAUAUUAUUCAUAUCGGAGUUGUGACUGCGGACGUUUCAGGAAUGUGUAAUAUUGUAUAAGUAACCAGUACAGCUGGUGAAAAUAUUCACAAUCAGUGCGUUUUGUUUGUUUUGUUUGUUUGUUUAUUUGACAAAAAAAGUAGUGAAUACACUCAAUUCGUCAAGGAUAACACAAU